AUGACGAAGUUUCAGGCAACAAACAGCCAUCAGCUGGGCAUUGUCAUUGCCCCUGUGAUCGGAGUCACACUGGCGACUGUGUGUGUCGUACUGAGAUUUCGCUCCAGGCGAAUACGAAAUCAAGCCAUCAUGUUCGAUGAUUGGCUUUGCCUUGCCGCGCUCAUUAUGACUUGGAUCUUCCAAGGAAUCAACAUGGCGGCGGUCUUCGCAGGAGGGGCAGGCCUUCCAAUCGCGACUGUCAUAGAGAUUGAUCCUAAUGCUAUCGUCACUUACCUGAAGAUCAUUUUCGCCAAUUUCAUCCUCUGGUUCUGUACGGUCACCGUCGUCCAGCUGUCGAUUCUCUUCUUCUACAUACGGAUUUUCGGGAUAUCCCCCUUCUUCAAGUGGUCAUGCUAUGGCUUGAUUAUUCUAAUCACCUGUUUCUGGGUUGGCGGAUUUUUCUCCGAGGUGUUCAGCUGUAUUCCCGUCAGCAAGUCAUGGAAUGUUUCAGAGCCCGGCACCUGCUUCCCAUACAAACCCUACUGUGCUUCCAUUGGUAUCUUGCACGUCUUUUUCGACCUCGCGAUUGUGGUCCUGCCUAUGCCGAUGAUCUGGCAGCUGCAAGCUGCCAGGAGAAACAAAAUCAUCCUGUCCGGUCUGCUCUGCCUUGGACUUGUGGCCACGGUCAUAUCUUUCCUCAAGAUCGUGUGCAUCAUUGAUCUCACGGGGAUUCCGCAAGCCGAUGUCACCGACUAUCUCUGGCUCACGAUUCUGCUGCAAACACUCGAAUUGCCCAUAGGAAUCAUAUGUUGCUGUGUUCCCAGUCUGCGACCCGCCGUGGCUGAGAUCUCGGACACGUUUAACUCCAUCACCAGCCACCUCCUGUCCUUGACCCAGCGGAGCCGAAGCACGGUGGACCAGUCGUACGACUCCGUCGCCUUUGCCAGCGAGAACGAUUCGAAAGCCCGUUUUGCGCGUCUCAAUGACAGCUCGAGCAACGUGGAGAGGAGUCGUGUCCAGAACAAGGGCAUCGGUCACGGAGCAGGCAUAGAGUUGAGCGCCCGGGGAGGCCAGCCUAAUGUUUCGCAGGGAAGAGACAUCAAUGUCACUAACGAGUACACCGUCAAUUACGAGUAG